AUGUUUUAGAAGAUCUUUGAUAAAAUAGAUAAGCAUCUACAUCACAGUCAUCAUCAUCACAAUCAUAGCCAUAGCCAUAGUCAUAGUCAUACUCAUAGUCAUAGUCAUAGCCACAGUAGUAGCAGUCAUCAUUCAACAGGCCAUCAUCAUUACCAUCACUAGGAAUACCAUCACCAUCAUCACAACAAUAAUCCUUAAGUUAUUGUUUUACCAUAGCCAAUUCAAAUAAAAUCAAAUAAUACUCCUAGUUAUCCUCCUCCACCUUAAAUUCAAAGUUCUAAUACUUAUUACCCUCCUCCUGUUUAAAACACAAAUCAUAAUAUUCCUCAAUAAGUAAAUUAUAGCUAUCCUACCUAACCAUAAAUUAAUAAUAAUUAUCCUCCACCACCCUAAAAUAAUAAUAUGAACCCUUCUUACCAGCCAAGCAAUUAGUAAUAUCAUCCAACUCAAGUUAAUUAUAAUUAUCCUUCUUUUAAUCCUCCUCCUCCAGCUUGUGAAAGCUAAUUUGGAAUGCCAUCGCACACUCUACAUACAGAUACUAUUUUACAUUAAGAUUAGUAUUUAGUGUCUUAAAAUCAAAGAUAUUAUGCCAGACUUUAAUCUGAUGGAAAUUUUGUUGUUUACAAUUCGUGUAAUUUCAUCUCAUAAAAUGCUAUUUGGGCAUCUAACACUUAUUAAUAAGGCUUUGGUCCUUAUACAUUAAAAAUGUAAGCAGAUGGUAAUUUAGUACUUUAUGAUUCAAGACAAACUGCUACUUGGUCUUCACAAACAUAUAAGAAUGGUUUGGGUCCUUAUCGUCUUACUAUGUAAGAUGAUGGGAAUCUAGUACUUUAUGAUUGUUUCAAUAUUCCUACUUGGUCUACAAAUACGAAAAGAUGA